CACACCGUAGUUCCUUUUCCGGCCAUGGCGAUCGCCGAGCACAUGUCGCCGCUCGUCGUCGCCCGGAAGCACCGGCCUGCAGGCCACACUCUCGCUGUGGCUGCGCCACUGUUGGUGCUCCUGGCCCUGCUGGCCGCCUUCUCCGGCUCACCUGUGGCGGCGGCGGAGGACUCCUCUCCGGUGCUCAUCGACCUGACGCUCGUCGCCGGCGCGCAGGAGAAGGGCGCGGUGUGCUUGGAUGGAACCCCGCCUGCUUACCACUUGCAGAGAGGCUUCGGCUCGGGGUCCCAAAGCUGGAUCGUCUUUCUUCAGGGAGGAGCUUGGUGCGGCACCACGGGCAAGGAAUCCUGUUCCACCCGUAAAAUGACCGAGUAUGGUUCGUCCAAGUUUAUGAAACCAAUAGCGUUUGAUGGGGUGUUAAGCGACCAGCAACCGCAAAAUCCUGACUUCUACAACUGGAAUAAAGUUUUUGUAAGGUAUUGCGACGGGGCAUCAUUUUCUGGGGACGCAGAGGGUGAAGCAGAGAAUGGAACCAAACUGUACUUCAGAGGAUUGCGCAUCUGGGAAGCAGUUGUCGAUGAACUCAUGGAAAAAGGAAUGGACACUGCUAAACAGGCCUUACUUGCAGGUUGUUCUGCUGGUGGUCUAUCUACCCUACUGCACUGCGAUAAUUUUCGUGGAAGGUUUCCUCAAGAGGUUUCAGUCAAAUGCCUUCCUGAUGCUGGAUUCUUUCUUGACGCAAAGGAUUUAUCAGGAGAAAGGUUUUUCCGGUCGGUCUUCCAUGGUGUUGUUCAGCUUCAGAAUGUUAGUGAAGUUUUGCCUAAGGACUGCCUGGCAAAGAAGGAGCCAACAGAGUGUUUCUUCCCUGCUGAACUUAUCAAGAGCAUCAGCACCCCCACGUUUAUUGUGAACUCAGGGUAUGAUUCUUGGCAGAUCAGUAAUAUUGAUGCACCAGUAGGAUCCUAUCCGGGAGACACAUGGUCGAGUUGCAGAGAUAAUAUUGGGAACUGCAAUUCCAAGCAGCUUGAUGUGCUGCAUGGAUACAGGAAUAAACUCAUCCACGAGUUGAAGGCUGCUGAAGGUAAAAGGGACUGGGGGCUGUUCAUCGAUUCAUGCUCCACUCACUGUCAAACUUCAUUUAGCAGCUCAUGGCAUUCGCCGACCUCCCCAAGGCUUGGUAACAAGACAAUUGCAGAGGCUGUUGGAGAUUGGUACUUUGGUAGAAGGAAAGGAACGAUGAAACAGAUUGACUGCAAGUAUCCAUGCAACCCCACAUGUGGUAGUUAGCUGCCCCCCAUAACCACCAGUAGACUGAGCCGGGAUUUGUAGCGGUCUUCCUUCAGUUUUUACGGCUUGUUUCCUUCAUCCCGGGUUUGUUUUGUCGUUAAACACACGCUUGUAAAAUAAGUGGAAUUUUCCUCUUGCCUGUUGCCAAGUGCCCAAGUUGGGAAAAAAGAUACAGAAAAUAUAAAGAAUAACGAUCUUGACUCUUGACCGAAGGAAAUUAUGUUUUACAA